AGUUUUGCCGCUACAGUAGUCGCGAUAACAGCCGUUGUUUACGUCGACCGUUGUUGUUGAAUUUUCGUCGUUUUAUCGGUGUGUAUACAAAUACACACACGUGCUCUUUUUUUCUGUUCUGCUCGCUCUUUUUGGACGUUUCGUGUGCUCUCAGGACUGCGAUGUGCGUGUAUUUAUUGUGAACUGUGUUUUAAAACUUCCAGGUGACAAUGCAGCAUACAACCAAUUCUCCCCAGCAGUUUUGUCUCCGUUGGAACAAUUAUCAAUCCAACUUGACCAACGUCUUCGAUCAACUACUUCAAAGUGAAUCGUUUGUGGAUGUUACGUUGGCCUGCGAUGGACAUUCCGUCAAAGCCCACAAAAUGGUAUUGUCGGCUUGCAGCCCUUAUUUCCAAUCGUUAUUUUUCGAGAAUCCCUGUCAACAUCCCAUCGUUAUAAUGAGGGAUAUUAAAUGGCCGGAAUUGAAGGCCGCUGUCGAAUUUAUGUACAAGGGUGAAAUUAAUGUUUCGCAAGAACAGAUUGGUCCUCUACUGAAAGUAGCGGAAUCAUUAAAAAUUCGUGGUCUAGCCGAUGUAAAUGGCGAACAAGACGUUGUAGCUCCCGCAGGGGAAUUGACCACCAGACCAUCUUCGAUCAAACCAUCGCCUACAACAUCUAUAAAUAGACCACCGAUAGAUUGGGAUAAUAGGCCGCAGGAUUUGGAAAGUGACGUUUCUAGAGCAAAAAGAAGACGCAGACCAUCAGGUGAACGAAGCAGCCUGAGUAGCCCAGCUGAAAGUGCGAGCGCUGAAGUACCGGAACCUCCACCAUCAGUGGAGAUGUCACCGGCACCUUCAGCCGCGACUCCGUUACCGACGCCUUCAGCGUCGUCCGCCGCUUCUGCCGUCGCCGCCGCCGCCGAACCACUACAACUUACUUUGCCGCUUCCACCUCAACCAACUUCUUCGGCAGUCGAUGAUAUGGAGAUCAAGCCAGGCAUAGCAGAGAUGAUACGCGAGGAGGAAAGGGCAAAGUUAUUGGAAUCCUCGCAUGCUUGGCUUGGUGCUUCCACAUCGUCUAUCGCCGCAGAUAGUUACCAAUACCAGUUACAAUCCAUGUGGCAAAAAUGCUGGAAUACCAAUCAAAGUCUUGUACAUAAUUUGCGCUUCCGCGAACGAGGACCAUUGAAAUCGUGGAGACCUGAAACGAUGGCAGAAGCCAUAUUUUCCGUGCUUAAAGAAGGAUUAUCUCUAUCGCAAGCAGCUAGAAAGUACGACAUCCCAUAUCCCACAUUUGUUCUGUAUGCUAAUCGAGUACAUAAUAUGUUAGGACCUUCCGCUGAUGGUGGAUCAGAUUUAAGACCGAAAGGUAGAGGACGACCCCAACGAAUAUUGUUAGGAGUUUGGCCCGAUGAACACAUACGCGGAGUUAUCAGAGCUGUAGUUUUUAGAGAUUCACAUCAAAUCAAAGAAGAACCACAUAUGACAACAUAUCCUAGGUUACAUGAUGGUGUGACCAUUUCCAGCUACCCAAAUCAGAAUUCUUGUAGUAAUGGUUCUGAUCCUAACGUUUCGCCUGGAGCAGCAGCUGCAGCAGCUGUUGCGGCCGUAGCUCAAGGCUUGAGACAACAAAUGUGUAGCAUGGUAGCAGCAGCACAUAGUCAGAGUACGGCACAUGACACAAAUCCCGUAGCUAGUCUGGUUAAUUCACUUGCAUUGGCCGGUCAUUGUGGUAGCAUGUCAAUGCCUCCUAGUAACGGUGCUCCACCGAUGAGUCUAAGUCAUUUAGCGUCGAUGAGAAAUAUGAGUAGUCCAGCAGGUAGCAUUCAAGAUUUGCGGAUAAGUCCUGCAGAAUCGGCAAUGGAAAGUCCUAUUUCAUCACCAUUGGGUUUAACGGUAUCCAGUUCGAUGGAACCAUCAAUUAAUAUGAAUAUAGGAAGUAAUAUGGACGUUGGUAUAGGUGUCUCCGGUAUGACAUAUAAACCAACUAGAUCAUUUACUUCACCUAGACCGGAAAAUCUCUUCCAAGAAGAUAUUGACGAUUUGGUCAAGCCAAUGCAUUCUUCCACAUCACAUCCUAAAGAUACUAUGACGACGAUCAAAAUGGAACCCUUAGCAGAAUGUCGGGGCGAAUGAAUCAACACAAUAUUACAAUUGUAAUGUGAUAAAUUAUUAUUAGUUCUGAAGGGACUUAAAGAACCCAUCGAUUUAUUUAUAUUGUUAAAAAAAUGAAAAUUUUAGUAUGUAGUAUAUUUUGGACAAUUUUAUAUAAUUUAUCUAGAAGCCAAAGUUUCGGCCAGUUUCUAUACAAAAAGACUGUUGUGUAUAUGUAUACUAUUGUUCUAAAUUCAAAAUUAGAAUAAAUUUAUUUUAAUACGUUGGAAUAAUCAUAGUACCCACUUUGUUAUGUUGUUUUUUGAUAAAUUUUUUAUUCGAAAUCGGCGAUAUGAUACACAUUUUUCAAAAUUAAUGAUUUUUUGAACCCUCUCGAUAUUUAUUUUGUUUAUGAAUUCGAUGUAUAUUCCUAGCUAUAUCAAAUAACACACGUUGCGUUAAAUACAAAUGACAUCUGCUGUGGUAUAAUAGUUUGCUUUAAUACACAUGUCACGAAAUUACACUAGAACGCCAUCUGCAAUCUAAACGUCAAAUAUCAAACCUAAAUAUUUUUUAGCUUCACUCAUAGACAAAGUAAUAAUAAACUGCACAAUCGUUAUAAUUAGUAUUGCAAUAUUUGAAAAAGUACUGUAUAGUUGAAUUAUCAACAAUAUAUUCACAAUGUUGAAGAUGUUCCCUCUAAUUUCUUGUAGCGUAUUCCUUCCACUGUUCUAUUCCUCUUUUCUCUUAAAUUAUUCCACCAAUCACAGCACAGUGGAACAACGGUAGCUCUACCUUAAAGCAGAAGAUGUUUUCUAUUCAUUCCAUUUUACAACGUUUCCCACAAUAUAUUUCGACAUACUCAACAUAUGUUAUGCUUAUGUUGUAAUAUGAAUGAUCUAGAAACUUUUUUUGUAGGCUGUAAAGUUAAUUCGCUUGAUUUACUAAUUUAAGGUUUGGUGAAUCAAUUAUUGAUACUAAUUAAUCCACUUUUGAUAUUUAUCAGUUCCAGUCAUUCUGAAUUAAAAGGUAUUAACAAUUUAUGUUACUUAUUAUUAUUGAUUAUGUACAGAAAAUGAAUGAGAAAUAUAUCAUAUACAUCAACAAACUAAACUGAUCACUUUAUAUAAUUUUUUCUUUGACACUUAAGGACGUUUUCAUGUUACCCUACAUCUAUUCAAGAUGGCGUUAUACUAUAAUCAUACCACGUGAUCGCGUCGAGCGUCAGCAUUAAAUUUCUUCUAAGGUUUAGGUUUAUCGUUAGCAAGAAUUAAUUAGUUUGAGAAGUAAUUCUUUUUCAUCUUAUAACUAGUUUUGGUAUAUCAUAACUCAUAAAAUUUCAGAAACAAAUAUUUUCUACAUCAAAACUGCAUGAUUUCUUAAGCUGGAGGUUCUGAAACUUCUUUUCUCAUUCAAAAUUUUGGUUUUGCUACCAUACUUUUUCCCAUGAUUGAACAAGAGAAAGUUCCCUCAUCCCACACCCACAACUCAACUCAAAUUCAUUCGUUCUUUUAGCGCCACCCAUUAUGUCUGACCAGUUAUUGCGUGCGGUAGUAACUGUAUUAAAAAAUAGUACAUAGCAUUAAAUAACAACAAAUAGUUUAUUGUUAAUAAUAAACGUAAUUUAGCGGAUCAUUCAAGUGGGAGUGGUAUGGUAACAGACCAACUCAGAAGAAUUUUUGACGGGUACUGAAAAAUUGAUAUCACUACUUUUUUUAAAUAAUAAAGUCUAAAUAUAAUUCUCUCAAAAAAAUAUAAGUAAGAACAAGGCUGGAGUCGGGAAACAAUGAAUUAGAGAUAAAGCCCUUAAUAGAGCUAGUUUUUGCUACGCUCUCAUUGGCUUAUAGCGUUCACAUGAGUUGACCAGAGGUACUCAUUGUUUUGAUAUUUGUUAAGUACAAAUACACUGGUUUUAUUUUUCAAUGCCAAUACUUUACACUUUUCAUUAUCUCUCAUCAUCUAUCCUCAUUUUUUCCUGUAAAAAUACUAUAAACUAUACUACUACUAUAUGAAUUAUGUAGCUAGUUGUGUUAAAUCUGUGGUCUGUUUCACUAGCUUUCCAACUAUUAUAUGAUAUAGCUGUGGUUUAUACAAAAUAAUAACUUGCAAUACAAUAGACAGACAUACUUUUAAACAGUACUGUAUACUAUUGAGACAAUAUGAAAUCUCCUUCUCUAAAUAUAUCUGUAUCGAAAAACGUCCCUUUUAUAAAUAAUUUUCAAACCCUCCAACUUAUAUUACUGCUACUUGAUCAGGAUCCUUCAAUAUUUUCAGUUUCUACAUUUUAUUGUUUUUACAUAUUUCUUUGAUAUAGAUUUGUUCAUACAUCUACCAAUUUUUCAAUUCCUAUUACUCAUUAAAUUUCUAAUAUUUUUUAUGAUCCCACAUUAAUAAUUUUAUUGAAUAACUUUCAUUCAAUCCAAAUACAUUUUGUUUUAUAAAUUUAUAAUAUUAUGAAUAAAUAAAUUUAUUUUUUAAGACCAUAUCCAUCUACCAAUACUUUUAUUUGUCCUAUUCUUAAAUUAUUUUUUCUCUGUCAAAAAUAACCUAUUAGUUUUUUCUUAUUUUUUUAACUAUAUUAAAGAAUAUUGAAAGGUGUAUACUAGCAAUACUCAAAGAUUUUAUAACAUUCGUAAAUACCAUUUUUGUGGCAUCUAUCAAUACCAACGUGCCUUUUCAUAGUAAAAUCCUUAGUAAUCUUAUGAAAUUAAUUUUUGAAAAGUUGGGCUUGCACGAAUUUAAUGUUCAAUCUAAUUACAAGUUACUAUUUUCACUUAUAUUGUUUUCAAUUUAAUCAUUGUUUACCAAUUUUUUACAUUCAAGAUUAAUCAAUGUUUUGGUUAGGUUAGGUAUCUCCAAUUCAAUUGAGUACACUUAAUAAAAUAAGGGUUCAAAAGUCGUUUCGAUUUCAUUUAUACGUAAAAUAUCAAAUUCGUAUUUAAUUAUUUGUUUUAUUAAACAGAAGCUCAACCUUUUUAGAAUUCUUUCUAAUAUAAAAUUCGAAUAGCAAGAAAAAUAGAAUCAACAAAAUAAAGUGGAAUUUCUCUAAAUUACAUUAAUUGGGAAAGUAAUUUUAUCAAGACAUUCCCUCAUUCGCUUCACGACAAUCUGUUUUUUGGGAUUCAUGCACGAUGUUUAUUGUUCAUAUCCUAACAAAAAGAUUAAUAACCAUUACGUGUGCUUCAAGAUAACUACCAAAUCGACCUUGAUGUACUUUAAUGUUAAUUCACAAGAUAUGAUCCAUUUCAUCUGUUUACACUGUUAAAAAUAAUAUGUAUAUUUAUUCUCAAAGACAGAUUUUUGACAUUUGAUUAUAUUUGGGUGUGUAACGAAAACUAAAUCAAAUUAUCAGUACUAGAUAUUUUUAGAAAACUAGCCAAAUAACAAGUAUCGGUAAUGGUUUUAAGGUAUCAUAGACACUUUGCGCCAUAUGAGGUAUGAAAAAUUAUAUCACCCACCAGUUAGGCAACACAUAAUACUACCACACGUUACAUUAAAAUUUAUUUCACUAGGCUCAAUCAUUAAAUUUGCUCUUGAUAGCUGCACUGGCAGAACUAGUUCAGGAAGUGUACACUAAAGCGUUCUUUGUAGCAGAACCAGCGCUAGUGUCGCUGUUCUUAGUAGCAUAAUAACCUCAAAUACAACAAACAACAAAUGCUCCACUGUUCUCUGCACUAUGUCGUUCUUUGUAUCCGAUCGAACUAAUUCUAUACACUCAAGAACUGGCCUGCCCUGGUCCAUUUCAGUACAGUUCCAGUGCCAAUUACUAAUUUCUAGUCGCCACACAUAAGAAAAAGUAGAAAAAAAGUAUUAAUAUCAAUUUUGAUAAAGUAAUAUGAGAAAAGAUACACUGAAAUAAAAGAUAUUUGUCUAAUUAUCAUUAUUUGUAUUUAGAUGUCAAUUAUUUUCUUUCAAUAUCAAAUUUUGGACGGAAAAAAAAAAGAAACUAAAGGAUUGGUGUAAGAUACAUAAGGGAAUACAUCUAUAAUUAUCAAAAUCAAAAGAGGUUAAUGAUAACCAGUCAAAACAAUCCAUCUCAUAACAUUUUCAUAAAUUAUAUUUAUAAAUUGAAAGCAGCGGUAUUCUCCAAUAUUUUUUAACGUAAAAAUUCUUUUUCAAUUAGUUCCUGUUGUUUAGAUUCAAUGACUACAUAGAUCCUGAAUUUAUUAUAAAGAUUUUAAUCCCUAAUUUGAUUUGUUUAUGUUGUGACAUCAAGUUCUACAAUGAAUUAAAUGUCAUGAAACACCAAGUGAUUAUCGUUUUUACAAUGUUAGAGUUUAUGCCAUGACUUACAUAUAAUUACCUUUUACAAAUAAUGUACAUCAAAGCCGAUUCGUAGUCAUUUAAAUAAAGUAUGUACAAAACUAAGUAAAUAAUGAAUAGUAAAUAUAAAAUAUCUGUGUAUUAAUUACAUAAAUCCAUAUAUGGAGAGUAUACUAAGUUAUAUUUCCCUUCAAAACAUAACUAAUCCCAUAGAACAGUCACUGUAUUUUCUCAGUGCAAUAAUAAAUCCUAAUUUUUUGGAUGCUUAGAGUUAUUUAAAUAUUAAUUUUUUACAAUACAUUCAUUUAAAAAAAAAUAAAAGGUCAGUGAUUAUCAGUAUUUCAUAAUUCAACUGGUCUCCUUAAAUUAUUUUUAUUUAUUUAGUAAAUAUUGUAAUUACUACAACUGUAUAGAUAUUUAAGCCAUAUAAUAAUAAGGAAUGUACCUACCGCUUUGUUAAUUUAUCGCCAUUUUAGCUUCUAAUCAACCGAAUGACCAGAAUUAUUUUUUACUACUAACUUCACAUUUUCAACAGAUACAAAUUUUCUGCAGCUGUUUUCAAAAAUCUCAUCAUCUGUCGAUCAAACUAUCAAAUCUACCUCAACUAAAUUUAAAUUUCUGGAACCGUUGGUGAAAGUCAUAUUAAAACACAACAAUUAUUGUCUGACUCACGUUUCGAUAACCGAGCUAUCGUCUUCAGAGACAGAAGGUAAACUCAGUAAUUGGGAGUGUUAGCUACGAUUAUGUUUGUUGGGGUUUGGGAGUGGGAGCAAUAAAUAACAUGAUUUAUUUCAACUUUAUUAGAACUAGCAAAUAGAAAACUAAUUAAACUUGCUUUCUUAUUUAUUAUUCACCACUUGGCAACUGAAAGUUAGGUUAAGUAUACUGAGCUGAACUCUUCUUAAGCUUGGUUUAAGCAGUCAAAAUUUAAAACUAAAUUUUCUUGUUAAUUUUUUGGUUUAUCCAGUAAAUUAAGGAUAAUUAUAAAUAACUGGUAAACUGAUGGAAAUUACAGACAUGUGUCCUUUUUGUCAGCUUUUUGAAAGCUCCUAAUACUAUUAAUGUUCCAUUAUCUAAAGGACAUUGCUGGCUUUUUCCUACUUUUUGGAUAUCAGUUUUAAAAAUAAAAAACUACGGCGAAAAUCGGCUCAUAAACGUGGAUAAUAUUUUCUUAACCAAAACACAAAGAUAUUGUAAACAAAACAAUACCACCAAUACAGAUUGACCUUACGUGCUCAUAACCUCACAAAAUUAAGGAAUUAAACUAAGAAGUUGAAAGUUUAAUUUUAAUUUUGGCUGCACAAACUAAGCUCUAUUUACACAAUCUGGCACAGAACUAUAAUAUCUUAAUAAGUGUAGUGGUAGUGUGUGAAGAAUUGGAAAAUGAAUCAAAUAAUUUAAGUAUUACCCCGAUUUCAAGUACUGUUGGAGGUUAGGUAGAUACUAAGCUAUUUAGUUUUGUUCUAUAAAAGUUUUGAUUGGGAAUUACGCCCCAGAAAACAAAAUAGCAUUCACUCCUUUCAAAAACGUCGAGGGCGAAGCUGCUAUCGGGUUUCAAAGCCUUUUAAUUAUCACCAUAUUAGGUUUCCAAGCAAAGUUUUUACAGACGUAACAGUUUGUCAACUUUCUUUAAUUCAAUUUUGCUCUGAACUGAUUAAAUUACUUAAAAAAUGUUUAUAUGUACUAUACUAUUUACUAAAGAUCUGCUAUUUACAUCUCUUACUUACUGUUUUCACAAAUUUGCUAUCACAAAAUCUGCUAAAAUGAAAGUUAGUAGUAAUAUUUUUAGCUAUUUGUAUAGUAUAGCUAAUACAGCGACAAAAUCAAAAUUUUAUAUUAUAAACUACAAUACAGAUACUAUAAAAAGAUCUAAAUAUUGAGUCAUUCGAUUAUUCUGUAAAUAUAAGGAAAUAUUCAGAAAAUGUUUUGCAAAUUCUACAAAAAUUAUCUUUUAUAUUUGUGUAAUUUAUUUUUUAAAAACAAAAUCCAUUACUUUUUAGAGAAAUGUUAUAUGAGAUUUGAAAACAUUUACCAAUGUUGAUUUCAACAAUAGGUAAUUGCGCCAGUGCUCGGCCAUGUAACGCUGUUCUGCAUAUUAGAAAAAAAUAAAGUCAAACUCAAAAACUAACCAUUUCAGUAGGUUAAAUAUUGAUAAACUGACUACUUGCAUCGUUUUUUGUAUUUGGCAUAUACAAAUUUUGAGAAAAAAAAUUUACAUUAUAAUUAGAGAAAUUUCUAGAAGUAUCUAUAGCAGCAGAAGUGUUUUUUAUACACUUUUUAUACAACAGCGACAGGAUUAAAUAGAUGCUUCCUAAAACCAUUGUUGAUGAAAUUUAGCAGUGAGUUGCUUUCCAAUUUAAUUUAUAGUUUAAAUUUUUCGAACAUGUAAACUUAUUUGUUGUACUUUGAUCAAUUUAUAUAAUAUCAUAUUUUUUCAUAGUUAUUAGCGUUUACCAUGGCUUUUAUUUUCUUUUGUAUAUCAAAAGUAGACACCUACGUUAUUAGGAUAUUCUAAGUUUUUCAUGUUUCCAUUUCACACUUUAGAUAGAUCACAACUUUAAAACUCAAUCAACUCAAAUUAAUCAUUAGUUAGUUAACUAAUAAUUAACAAAGAUAUUCCUUAUGUUUACUGAAUAUAGUUUGGAAAUGGUAAGAAGCUAUUAUUUGAACUGUAGCAAUGCCAAAUGUAUUAUAUAUGUUACGAUGUAGUAACAAAAAGUAGAAAAACUAGGUGUUGUGUAUGUACAAAAUGUAGUGCAAAACUGAAUUUGAAAAGUGCUGCGCCACAAAAAGUUCACUUUAAGUAGCACAUACAUUAUGGUAUACCAGUGUUUCUACAUUAACCUCAUUUUUUUAUUCACUCAAGGUUUUAAUUCAAUGGAAAUGUAUAGAAAUAUGAAACGUUUAGUAUUGAUAUUUAAUAAAAAAAUAUUUCUUACCUUCCAAAUGUAGUUUUUUAAAACAAUUUUACCACAAUGUUACCGUUCGUACCUCAUAUACUUUUUUCUAUAACAUUUUAUUUUAUCUUCAAAAAAUAUAUUUCCAUUGACAGGUUUAUUAUAUUCUGUUUAUUUGAAUCAAAAGGUUUCUUCAAUCUCUAUUCAAAAGUUUUCUUUUGAUAAUCACCUAAGUUAAUCAUUCUUUUCUAUUACAUCCCUUUGUUUCUGUUCAUUCUUAGCAUUUCUUCUUCUUAUCUUUCAUUGUGAAUGUAUUCAUCAAUUGUUUGCUGCUUCUUAUUGUAAUCCUUUCUUCUUCCUUCAUCUCAAUGUUUGCAGAAUUGCUUCAUCAGAUGCCUUGUAGACUUUCACUUUUGUUUUUUGUCCCUCCUAGUAUAGAUUAUGGUCCAAUAGAUUGAGAUUCUUGUUUCUUCUUCAAUGUAAAAAUGUUUCAGUGAAAUUCCUUUUUUGUAAGAAAUUUUUAAACGGAUUUUGUCUUUUAACUUUUUCAUUUAGGCUGAUGCAAAUUGUGAAGCAGAAAGAUGUAGAAAUGCUGGUUUAGAAAGAAAAUCACAAACUUUUAUUCCUUCAUAUUAGUUCUUAGAAAGUUCACAAGCCAACAAAAAUAUUUUUGUGAUUUGUUUAGAGAUAGGACAUAGAUUAAAUAAUGUACAAAAUUUAUAUAAAUCUAUAUAUGUAAAAAAAUAUUACGAUUUAAAUGAAAAAUUAUAAUGCCUUCCUGCCAUUUGAGGGUCUACCACACUUAUUUGACUUUAUGCAUCUUGAGACGUGAUAAUAUUUUCAAAAAGUGGCCUUUGACAUAUUUAUUCCUUUUGGAUAUUGCGGAGUCUUUUGGAUCUAUUGAAUAUUUAUUUUAACUUUUAAGUGUAAUCCAAACUUUGAUAAUGUUAUCUAUGCAAAAUAUCUCAUUUAAUACAUUCAAAUUUUUAAUCAUAAAUGAAAUGAACAUAUUAUGAUUGAAAAUAUUCAAAAAAAAAAGUAAAGGACAGACAAAAUAUCAGAAAACUAGUAUAUACAGUAUACAAUAGAAGUACUUUGUUCUAACUCAAAUAAAUUAAGGAACUAAAUAUUAAUAUCUAGUAAAAGAUACAUUUCAUUUAAUAAUUCUGAUUAUUUAUUCCAAGGACUAAAAGUGAUAGAAUAAUUUCAACAUCAGGUUAAAGAAGUUUCUGGCAGAGUUUGGUCAGACCAGAUGAUUAACACAAAGGUUACUGGAAUAAUAGAAGGUUUAUGACAAUAACAAGAUGCGCAGUAGACAAGUGACGUCACCGAUUGUUCACAGCUGUGAAUUCGUUAGUUAGAAAUAUAUUUGUUUGUAUAGCCAGAUCAGCAAGAGAUAACACACCUCAUAACUCGAACAUAAUGACGUAGCUGGUGCUCUAGCAGCUGAUCGUUUGUUUACAAAAACAUGCGCAUGUCGCAAACCUUCUAUUAUUCUAGUAACCUUGAUUAACACUACUUAUAUAUAGAAUGCCUGGUAUAGUCUCUGAGGUGGCCUCAAACUGAACUAUAAAUUGGUUUUUCAUCGCUAAUAACAUUCACAUUCAUAUAUCCAUCUAGUAAUGUGGAGCCCUACUGAUAUAUAGAUAAAAAUCGGCUAUAUAAAUGUUUAUAUUCUGCAUAGUAACAUUAUUAAUGGUUUGUAAUAUUUUGGUAGUGAGAUAUUUGUUUAAAACUAGGCUUAAUGUGUUCUAAAAAAAAUGUAGUAAGUGCCUUCCAAAUCUUGACCACUUAUGUCAUCCGAGAUACUAAAUUGAUAACAAAAUUAUGCAUUUUGAUAUUUUUGGUAUGGUAUAACCCUAAAUGGCAUGUUCUUUUUUCAUAUCUCUGUAAAAAUUACAUUUAUAUGAAUAUUAUAAGCCGGAAAAUAAAACGUGAGAUUGGCAUAUUUAGACAUGUAUUCACCCAAAAUUCAGCUUUAUUUUAAUGUAUACUAUAAUAUAGUUCGAUGUUAGGUCAGAUAUAACAUAGCAUAACAAAUAAAGAUAUGGAGAAUAGUCUCUUUUAAUUAGUACGCAAUACUUAUUCAAUGACGUUGUGCUACUUGUAGAACAGUCUGAGAUUACAUGCAAUGGUUCAGUUUAUACACUGUUAAGUUGUUAUGUUGGUGAUUCAACUUACAGUUUACUUUGUAUUACAAUUUUAUUUAUUGAUUGUCUAAUUUUUAAUUAUUUACAUCAUUGCACAUCAUUAUUUCAUGUCUGUAUGGUGAAUUAAAAUAAAUUUUA